AUGAACGUCUUGGCCGCCGGAGCCCUAGCGGCUCUCAUUCUAUGGGUCUUGGUAUCCCGUGUCCGUAACUGGUACCGCCUCCGCCACAUCCCGGGCCCUGCCAUAGCAGGAUGGAGCAAAUUCUGGCUUGCUCGGGGCCAAAUCAGCGGCAGACUCCCACUCCGCCUGCGAGAUGUCUCCAAGAAAUACGGCCCCAUCGCCCGAAUCGGCCCCUCAUGGGUGGUGGUCAGCUCGCCGGCCGAGAUCCGGCGCAUCUGGUCCGUCCGGUCUCGGUACCAGCGGUCGCCGUGGUACGCCGGGUUCCGGUUCGACCCCAACAACGACCAGGUCAUCACCAUGGUGGACAACCGGGACCACCUGCACCUGCGCACGCGCCUGAUCCCCGCCUACCAGGGCAGGGGCAUCCCCAACCAGGAGCAGGUCGUUGACGAACAGCUGAGCAAAUUAAUCGCAUUGAUCGAGCGGAAGUACCUGACGACGCGGGACGGCGGACUCCGCCCGUUUGACAUGUCGGCCAUGUUUAUGUACUUCACACAGGACACCAUCUCGGCCGUCGAGUUUGGGCAGCCCUUUGGCUACCUCGACGAGGAGGAGGACUUUCUGGGCGCCAUCCACGAGCUCGAGGCGACCCUCCUCCCCUGUGCGCUCAUGGCGCUGGUGCCGCCCCUGCUGUGGCUCGUCACCUCGCCGCUGUGCAAGCCGCUGCUGCCCAAGAAGACGGACAAGCACGGCCUGGGGAGGCUGUUGGCGGCGAUCGACGAGCGGGUUGCGGUGCGGUACGGGGAGAAGCCGGUGCGGAACAAUGAUGUGCUGCAGCUGCUGGUCGAGUCCGGGCUGUCGAGGCAGGAGGUCGAGGCCGAGGCGCUGGUGCACCUGCUCGGGGGGACGGACACGACGGCGACUGCGCUGAGGCAAACCGUGUUUUACCUGUCGACGAAUCCAGCGGCGUAUCGCCGGCUGCAGGACGAGAUUGACGGUGUGGUCGGCAAGGUGACUCGGCCGGUGAUUGCCGAUGGUGAGGCGAAGGAGCUGAAGUUUCUCGGAGCUUGCAUCAAGGAAGCAACGCGCAUUUGGCCGCCCAUCGCCGGGCUGCAGCCUAAGUGCUCGAAUGUUGACGAUGUCAUCUGUGGAGUGAAAGUGCCGGCAGGAACAAACGUGGCGGUUGGGUGGUUCGAGAUCCUCCGAAAUAAGAGCGUUUUCGGAGAAGAUGCCGACGUGUUUGACCCCAUGAGAUGGCUGGAGGCGGAUCCAGAAAGACUCAAAGAAAUGGAGGCCACACAAGGAAUGGUUUUUGUAGCAGGAACAAGGUGGGAGUGUUUGGGCAAGAGACUGGCACUCAUGGAAUUGGGGAAGGUGCUAUUUGAGCUCUUCCUUCGCUUCGACUUUGCCAUGACAGACCCAGUGAAGCCAUUCGACUGGGUGCAACAAGGAUUUCUGUUGCAGCAGAACAUGAAUGUCACCAUCACCAAGAGACGGCCGAAGGAGAUUGUCUAG